AAAAAAGAAUUAUCCUUUAAGAGAAGCUUCACACUGUCCUUUUGCAGCCUCAUCCUCAACCUCUCGAUGCAAGCUGAUCCAGCAACCUCUGCAAAAACAUUGUGAAGAAUAAAGAGGGGAAAAUGGCCACUUUCUUCUCUCUUUACCCUUCAACUUCCUCUUCUCUUCCCUCUCCUCCCAGAACCCCAAAACUACAAUUUUCUUUAUUGAAACAAAAUUCAACUUGUAUUUAUUUCAAGAAAAGAUCAUUAUAUGUAAAUUCAGUUCUGUCAGCAGAAACUGACUCAAAAGUCCCACAAACAGUGCAGACUUUCUGGCAGUGGCUAAAAGAUGAAGGCGUGGUGUCAGCCAAGACUCCGGUGCGGCCGGGGGUGGUGCCUGAGGGCCUUGGACUGGUGGCCACAAGGGACGUUGCUAAAAAUGAGGUCAUUUUAGAGGUGCCCAAGAAGUAUUGGAUCAAUCCUAACACCGUUUUGGAAUCAGAGAUUGGAAAUGUUUGCUCUGCGUUGAAGCCUUGGAUUUCUGUUGCUCUGUUUUUUCUCAGAGAGAGGUUUAGGGAGGACUCUAAGUGGAAAAAUUACAUUGAUAUUCUUCCAGAGUAUACUAAUUCCACAAUAUUUUGGUCAGAAGAGGAGCUUUCUGAGAUUCAAGGAACACAACUAUUGAGCACAACAUUGGGUGUGAAAGAGUAUGUGCAAAAUGAGUUCUUGAAAGUUGAAGAAGAAAUCAUAAUUCCAAACAAGCAGCUCUUCCCUAUUCCAAUAACAUUAGAUGAUUUCUUUUGGGCAUUUGGGAUACUCAGAUCGAGGGCAUUUUCUCGUCUUCGCAAUCAAAAUCUAGUGAUCAUCCCCUUUGCAGACUUGGUCAAUCACAGUGCCCGAGUUACUACAGAAGAUCAUGCUUAUGAGGUUAGAGGACCAGCAGGUCUUUUUUCCUGGGAUUACCUCUUUUCUUUAAGGAGCCCGUUACCACUCAAGGCUGGCGAACAGGUUUUUAUCCAAUAUGAUUUGAAUAAGAGCAAUGCUGAUACGGCUCUGGACUAUGGGUUCAUUGACUCCAAGUCAGAUCGUGAUGCAUUCACAUUGACACUAGAAAUAUCAGAUUCGGAUGUUUUUUUUGGUGACAAGUUGGAUAUAGCCGAGUUAAAUGGUUUAGGAGAAACUGCAUACUUUGACAUUAAGUUGGGACAACCUCUUCCACCUGCUAUGCUUCCAUAUCUACGGCUGGUAGCACUUGGAGGAACAGAUGCAUUUCUUCUGGAGUCGAUUUUCAGAAACACUAUUUGGGGUCACCUCGAGUUGCCUAUUAGCCGUGCCAAUGAGGAGCUUGUAUGUCAAGUGGUUCGGAAUGCAUGCAAAUCUGCACUUUCUGGCUAUCAUACCACCAUCGAAGAGGAUGAUAAGCUGAAAGAGGGAGGAAAUCUAAGUCCAAGGCUUGAAAUAGCUGUUGGAAUAAGAGUGGGAGAGAAAAAGGUAUUGCAACAGAUUGAUGAUAUCUUUAGAGAGAGGGAAUUGGAAUUGGAUGAACUUGAAUAUUACCAAGAAAGGAGGCUCAAAGAUCUUGGUCUGGUUGGGGAACAAGGUGAUAUAAUCUUCUGGGAGCCGAAGUAGGUACUGUGAAUCUGAUUAUGGUCGAGAGGCAUCAUCAUGUAAUACCACAUCAAAGAAAGCUACAGGUAGAAGUCAUGGAUCGAAGAAGAUAAUCCUUCUAUUCAAUCCAGGAAUGUUUUGAGGAUCGGAAAUUUAUGUUUUGCGGUUGCAUAUUUUGUGGAUUCAGCUCCAGUUUUUCAAAUUUCAGAUCAUUUUAUCAUAUAAUUAUUAUCUUGAUACAUGAUAUCUGCAUUUCACCAUCUUUUUCGUUGUAAUUUUUGCCUGUGAAAUAUAGUUAAAUUCAUCUUUACGUACUAAAA